AGCGCCACCAGAUACAGAGUACAAAGAUCUGGCAGAGUACUUCUCUACUCCUCUACCACUCCGUCACCAGGCUUCAAAAAAAUCAAGUGUACCUACUUGGACGGAGUCCAUAUCCUUUUGAGAGACUCCUCUACUUAUUUUCCCAGACCUCACACUCACUUUCUUUUUUUGGGUCAUCCAGUUGACUACCUUUGCACCACCUAUCUACUACCUACUCAUUGCGUACCGUUGAGCAGCCCACUCACUCGGGGCGUCCUCUCCUUUCUUUUCCCUUGGUCGUCCAAGCACCUACGACUGUUUCCCCGGCCCAAAAAGAAAACAAAACACGGUAUAGUUGUUUACAACACACGGGCAACAACAUCUCUCGAAACCAUACCAAGAGCCAGUCCAACCAACUUGUACGUCACACUUACACCAGCAAUUUCAAACCAUCAAAAACAAAGCAAAAGCACAACAUGCGAUCCUUUUAUUUCCUGGCGGCUCUUCUCCCCCUCGUGUCUGCCUCCUGGUCGGAACACACCCUCCUCACCCGAGCCACGGGCGGCAACUCGACGACAUCUUGCGAAUCCACUGACAAGGCCUGCGGAGCCUACUGCAUCCCCAGCGACUACACGUGCUGCCCGGACCUCGAGGGAGGGUGCUCGGCCGGUUCAACCUGCCAACUCGGCGACAAUAAUGUCUAUGGCUGCUGCCCUUCGGGCCAGACUUGCUCUGGCGAGGGAGGUGCAGAGUUCCUAGGGACAUCCACGGCCAGCGCCGCCACCGCUACAAAGACGACCAGCUCGGACAGCGGCGCUCAGUCCCUUUCCAUGAGCCACGGGCUCAGUCUGGCAUUGGUGGCUGCUGGUGUCGUUGCUCUGCUGUAAAGAAACAAGACGUGGGCGGCGACAAAUUGACCGUGUCUGUGUGGCCCUGUUCUCCUAUUUUUUUCCAACCUUCCGCUGCCAAAGCCAUUCUAUGAUACCAAAAUACCCCAUUUGUUGCGUUUGGGAGAUUUAGUGUGCUUGUACGCGCGUGUAUUUGGGGCUGUGUAUGUAUUGGGUAUCUCUUUUGAGGACGUACACUCGGUACAGUGUGGCGUUGGGUUUAAUGUGGCGUCAAUUGUGUGCUUGGUACUCGUACCUUGUUCAUCAAGCGCGUUGUUAUAAGAAACUUUUGGAAUACAUGCGUACAACAUCAUGUACAGAGUAUCAUCACUGCUUAAGCUUUACCUUGGAUGUCGUCAGACUUAAAGGACACAAACACAUAAGCGUGUACAUGCGUUGCCCUUUUCCCAGAGUUUGCCAAGUUUAGUU